CGGAUCUCUUCUAUCAAAACCAUCAAAUCAAGUGAUCAGGAUUCUUAAAAUUUGAUCUAACAACUAAAAUUAUUAUAACUUUUAAAGAUGACCUGUUUUUAGCUGUUAAAUCAAAUUUUAAAAGUUCAGAUUAUUUGAUUUAGCGGCUUUAAUGAAAGAGAUUCGAAAUGAUCUCUCCCAAUAGAGUUCACUCUUAAAAUUCCCGACGGAGUUCCUCCGGUGUCUUGUUACACUCUUUUACUCAUUGAAAUCCCAAACGAACACUAAAAACCCCUCGGAAUCCCAAUUGAAUACAAAGCGCCAGUUUUGUACUCUGGCCUGCAUAAAGCCCCCAAUUGGAGCACCGAGAGCCAAGCUGGCAGAAGAAGAUGGCGCACGGCGGCGGACCAAGGCAGGUGAAACUGGACCGAGAGAGCGAGCUCAGAAUUGAAGUCGGCUACGACGCCCCUCUCAAGCUCCGCCUGCUCAGCGGCACCGCUGAGAUCUUCGGCACCGAGCUCCCCCCUGAUUUCUGGCUCACCUUCCCGCCCAGGCUCAAAUUUGCUGUUUUUACUUGGAACGGAGCAACAAUUGAGAUGGAGGGCAGUACGGAAACCGAGUACACGGCUGAUGAGACUCCAAAUAUCAGCUAUGUGAAUGUGCACGCCGUACUGGAAGAACGGAGACACCGCGCUAAACCCUUGCCGCCCGAUGACCCCAAUUCUCAGGGCCCAAGGGUGAUUGUUGUGGGACCAACAGAUUCUGGGAAAAGUUCCUUGUCGAAAAUGCUUCUUAGUUGGGCAGCUAAGAAGGGAUGGAAACCUACGUUCGUCGACUUGGAUAUUGGACAAGGAGCUAUAACAAUUCCGGGAUGCAUUGCCACUACUCCUAUUGAAAUGCCUAUUGAUCCAGUUGAAGGAAUUCCUCUUGAUAUUCCUCUCGUUUAUUUCUAUGGGCACACAACUCCUAGUAAUAAUGUAGAUUUAUACAAAGUGCUUGUGAAGGAGCUUGCUCAAGUGGUAGAAAGACAACUUUCUGGGAAUGCUGAAUCUCGAGCUUCUGGAAUGGUGAUCAAUACCAUGGGAUGGAUAGAAGGUCAAGGCUACGAGUUGCUUCUUCAUGCAAUUGAUACAUUCAAUGCCAAUGUUGUCUUAGUUCUGGGCCAGGCUCCGAUGACAGUACAUAUAUUUCUUUUAAAUUCUCAGGAAAAACUUUGGAGCAUGAUCAGAAAUGUACUAAAGAACAAGCCUGGUGUGGACGUUGUAAAACUUCAAAAAUCUGGGGGUGUUGUAUCCAGGAAUGCCAAAUUCCGUCAAAAAUCCAGGAGUCAUAGGAUAAGGGAGUAUUUCUAUGGCCUUGCAAAUGAUCUCAGCCCACAUUCUAAUAUCGCGAAUUUUAGUGACUUUUCUGUCUUUCAGAUUGGUGGCGGGCCACAGGCCCCACGUUCAGCUUUGCCAAUUGGUGCAGAGCCUGCUGCGGACCCUACAAGAUUGGCGCCUGUGAAUAUUAACCGGGAUUUGCUACAUACCAUUCUUGCUGUUUCAUUUGCCAAGGAGCCUGAUCAAAUUAUUUCUAGUAAUGUUGCUGGGUUUGUCUUUGUCACAGACGUCGACAUUCAGAGGUUUGUAUAUAUUUGUAUUGUUGGAAGCUUGGAGAAUGUUGGCAGUCUGCAAUGUCCCUGCGUAAGUGAGUAAAUCAGCAAUCAAGAUCGCAACAGUGUUGUGGUCUGUGACAAAUGGAGACGGUAAAUUUGCAGUCGCAUGCUUCACCUGGAGGAGAACUCCUAGGCUGUUGAUGGAAUAGAAUAUAAGUUCGUGUGCUGCCGGUGGAGAUUUGUACCGACCACCCUCCUCCAUAGUGCUGCUGUAUUAUAAACAACACAGAAAGUUAAUGAAUGGGAAAAUGAUCUCUGGAACAUUACUCUAAUGAUAUCAGGAGUUCCUAA